AUGUCAUUUUUUAAAAUAACACUUCAACGAUCUUAUAUAGGAUUGCCUAAAAAUAUUAAACGGACUCUUUUAUCACUGGGUUUACGCAAGAGACUAGCUACUGUUUAUCAUAAUAUUUCAUCUAUCACUGCAGGCAAAAUUUUAAAGGUUAAAGAGCUUGUUUCUGUUGAAGAAGUUGAGGAACGUUUAACACGUCAAGAAAUGCGUUUUUUUCGGCGUCCUAGUAAGGGUUAUUACAUAGAGUCUUGA